AUUGACGUCAGAGCAUGGCGUGUACGGAUCUCGUCCUGGUGCAACGCGCAUGCUCUAAUUGCGUCACAGGGGCUGCGACGCUCUAUAUGAGUCGAGUGAGGCGCUGACUCGCUCCUUUUCUUUCCCCACCCUCCGCCGGCACUGAUCCUCCCUGUGUGCUCCGGCACUACAACACCCAGGCCGCCAACAUGAUCAUCUACAAGGACACCGUCACUGAGGAUGAAAUGUUCUCCGAUAUCUACAAGAUCGCCGAAACCCCCGACGGCAUGUGUUUUGAAGUGGAAGGGAAGAUCAUCCAAAGAGUAGAAGGUGCAAUUGAUGAUGCGCUUAUUGGUGGAAAUGCUUCAGCUGAGUGCCAGGAGGAGGACAUUGGUGGUGCAACAACAGUCAGCGGGGUGGACAUAGUGAUUAAUCACAAACUUCAAGAAACUGGUUUCACCAAGGACUCUUACAAGAAUUACAUUAAGGAUUAUGUAAAACUAGUCAAGGCCAAACUUGAGGAGACUGAUCCCGACAGAGUAAAACCCUUCAUGAAAGGAAUUCAAGAUAGAGUAAAACUCAUACUUGGAAACUUCAAAAACUAUCAGUUUUACACUGGAGAAAGAAUGAACCCAGAUGGUAUGGUGGCUCUGCUAGAUUACCGUGAGGAUGGUGUAACACCUUUUAUGAUUUUCUUUAAGGAUGGCUUGAUCAGUGAGAAAUGUUAACAUUCAAUUUGGUUCUUCCAUCUUGGCUGCUGCUUUUCAUCCAUGAACACCAGGUCUAAGCAAGAUCUUACUGACUCCUAAAGGACUGAUGAUACAUUGAGCUUGUUUCUUCAUGGCCCUAAAUUAUUCAAGUGGAGGCUUUUUUGUUUUUUUAAUUGAAAUCCGUUUGUCAUUUAGAGUAAAUAAAAGCCCAUAAUUCUCCACUGUAGACAUUGCCUCUUGGUUUGAUCUGCAAUUACUUUUGAAGACUGGGUCUUGUGCAUUUAAGAUUUGUUGCGCAAAAGCUUUGACUUAUCAGACUGACUGCCAGAACAUUUUGUAAGAAGCGGACCUUCAGUUUGUGGACAAUCUGCACACUUAAGGAAACAGCCAAAGUAUUCAAUCUGCCUCUCGGCUUCAGGUUUUUAGACUCCUCCACUGCCAGAAGGCCUUUCAACAGUGUUGCAAAUACCUCUGGCUGUGAAGGGGUUGGUUACACUGCAGGUUGUUUGCACAAGAACAUGUUUGGAUUUGGAACAUUGACUGUUGCCUGUUAACAGGCUCUACCAUCACAGAAGAUCUUUCCCUUUUUUUCUUACUGAUCCUAAAUAAAAACAAGAUUAAACAAUGUAUCUAUGA